AUGUUACUAAUCUGCAAUCUCUUGGGAAUUUUCCAUUUGCAGUUGCUUUUGGCUGAGGUACAACGACUAAUGUCACUUUUACGAGAGAAGGAGCAGAACGAGCGAGAAUUCAAAAGGAGAAUACUGGAAAGCGAAGCUGAAACAAAACUAUGGAAGAAAAAAUAUGAAAUGCAAAAACCACCAGUUAUAGAAAUGAGAGAAAACGAUGCUGAUGUCUCAACGGAACUUAUCGAUCAACUCGACUCUGCUGCGGAGAAACUUUCACGUCUUAAUGCUGUCAAUGAUCUCAAACUUUUACAGUGGCUAAUGAGUGGAGGUCGGAACGACUCUGUUCGAUGGCUAUUAGCCGAAACCGAAAGUGCCUCAUCGGUCGGUAACAAUGGGAAACUGAAUUUCGGUGGCCAGAAACUGACCGACGCUCAUAACCAAUCUUGUCUGUGGCCACCGAAAAAAACUGUCGGUUCCGAAUUGCACUUGUGUUUGCUUAUUUAG